GACACACAGCUUUUGUAGACAGCCCGCAGACAGCGUGCCCUCUGCAUUGCUGUGCACUACUCUCUAGGUGUUGAGGUAGAGUUACGAAUUCACGGCGCAAGGAUGGCGGCUUCUUACUCUGCUGCUCGCCAAGGCCUGCUUCGCGCGCUUGCGCGCUCCCCAAAGCUCGGCAGCCCUCUUCCUGCCACCCCGAUCCGUUCACUGACUUCUGUUCAAGUCCCAGCACUGCAGCAGCAGCUGCAGUUGCGACGUGAGACGCUGUCAAAGAGCAGCCAGGCAUGGUCGGUGGAGCCGCAACAGCAGAUGCAACAGCGACGAAGAUUCGCCGCGGCCAGCGGGGGGGACGAGGAUGGCUCGGAUGACGACUUCAAGCCCAAGCGGAAAGCAGUACCAGAGGGCGCUGACGAGGUUUCGGACCUCAUCAAGAAGCAGGUGGAGAGCAACCCCGUUAUGCUCUACAUGAAAGGCACCCCCGCCCAGCCUCAGUGCGGCUUCAGCAAGCAGGUGGUCAGCAUCCUUCACUCCCAAGGAGUGAGCUUCAGCAGCGUAAACGUGUUGGAUUACCCUCCCCUUCGAGAGGGGAUCAAGACAUUCUCGGAGUGGCCCACCAUCCCGCAGUUGUACGUUAAGGGAGAGUUCGUCGGCGGGUGCGACAUUUUGACGCAGCUUCACCAGUCCGGCGACCUCGAAACCAUGCUCAAGGAGGCCAAGCUCAAGGAUUGAUCAUGCCAUCAAGCGCAUCAUCUGCAGCAGCACCCUCAGCACCAAGCGGUCGAAACCAGGGCGCGCUCUUUGCAGGAAAACUCGCAAUAGGAGGAAUGAUUUGAUCAAGCCCUGUGCUUUCGGGCAUACUCCGGAGUGGUGUGUUUUUGG